AUGUCGACUUGCUUGAGCACUAAGCAGGCCUGCUUAGUGCUCUCGAAUCAGACGACGGAAAAUGUGUGGAGCUCCAUGGUUCUCAUCAUCACUUACGGUGCCAUUUAUGCCAACACCUUUUCGAUUGGGGAAAUUUCGAAACUCACAUUGCUGAUGGACAAGAGUUGCUAUAUCCGGACUGCAAAGCUUGUUCUAAUAACCGUGAGGCAGCUGGGAAGCGACGGACACCGAUCGGCAAACUUCUCCCUGAUAUUGUACGGCUCGGCCAGCAGAAUCAUCCACAUGGAGAGGAAAUUUUUCAGAUCAGAGUUGGUGAAGAGGUUUGCCAAGGCAGUCAGGGCCAAUGGAGGCUUAACGGCAUAUAUUGGCCUUACAAGACCCCGGUCUGAAUUCCGCCACAUCUUCGACUACUCGGUGGAGUGGGAUUGCGACAAUUCUUUCCGGUAUCUGAAGGAGCAUGCCGCUGAAGCCUUCAUGUCUCAUAAUUCGACCCAAGCAGGCAAGUGCCCAGAGUCCGGUCAAGGGCUCGGAGCACAGCCAGCAGAAACUGCUAGACGUACACCGUGUGCACGUGUCGCCUACCCAAUUGGUGACCUUUUGAGUGAGGCCUACACCGGGUGUCUUGUGUUGGCGCGCCGCCGACGCAUCACAUCUGGCGAAACCUUCUCCUUGCAAGACCACGAUCUCGAUGAGUUCCUAGCCCAGCUCCACUCCUCACUGUAG